AUGUCUGAGAACAACGGUCCCAUCAUGGUCACUUUACAAAGCAAUGAUAUGCAGCAAAUUCAAGUCGAGAAGGCCAUUAUUGAGCGCUCCAUACUCAUCAAGAACAUGCUGGAUGACCUAGGCGACGGUGUUAUCGGCCAGACAAUUCCUAUUCCCAACGUCACUGAGCCCGUCCUUCGCAAGGUGAUCGAGUGGUACGAGCAUCACCGCGGUGACCCUCCUUCCACUAACGAGGACGAGUCGGAUAACCGCAAGAAGACCACUGAUAUUGAGGAGUGGGACCAGAAGUUCAUGCAGGUCGAUCAGGAGAUGCUGUUUGAGAUCAUUCUUGCUUCCAACUACCUCGACAUCAAGCCUCUCCUGGACGUUGGCUGCAAGACUGUCGCCAACAUGAUCAAGGGCAAGUCCCCCGAGGAGAUCCGAAAAACCUUCAACAUCACAAACGACUUCACCGCCGAGGAGGAGGAGCAGAUCCGCCGCGAGAACGAGUGGGCUGAGGAUCGCUAA